AUGAAUUUGAGUUCACUCAAAAAUCAAAUAACAGAUGUCAAAAAGUCAAACAUAGACAUACAGAAGCAAAUAAGUGAAAACGAAAAGAAACUAGAAUAUGACAGACACACAAAGAAACUCAAUGAGUUAAACGUAGAGAAAAAGAAGAAAGAAGAACAACUGAAAGAACUAAGUACAGAGGAAUAUGCGAAAAAAGUGUCAGAAAAAGCAGCAGAAGUAGCAAAAAUGGAACAAGAUGUCAUAAAUUUGAAAAACCAUACUACUCAAUAUAAAGUACUGAAAGAUGAAGAGAUAAAACAAAAAGCCCUGAAGACAUAUAUGGAUAGCGAUGAGUAUAAAAAAGAAGUUGAAGCAAAUGUAAAGGCAGAAAAACUUUUACAGUUGCAAAACCAAACCGUACAGUAUGAAAACUUAGCACAAGAAAGUAAAAAUAACGACGCAGCCAUGCAAAAGGCAAUGAAAAGCGCAGAAUAUAUAAAAGCUAACAAUGACUGGUUAGAUGCCCAAGCCAACGCUAAAGCAGCCCAACUCAUAGGGUCAAUAAGGACAAAAAUACAAGCGGAUGAAGACAGUUCAAAUGAAGCUUUAACAAAUGCUGACUUUAAGAACGCCUUCGAAGCUCUUCAUAGUAAGGUGAAACAAGUGAACGACUUCUCAUCUGGAAAGAAACUGAAGUCUGAAGGUUUCGACAAAGAGUUAAGAGAAGUAGCACAAAAUAUGACGAAAAUAACAGAUGCAGCAACGAGACAGGCAGUUCAAAGUGCCUAUGACGCCGUUAGAGCAACUGUUGUGGAAAGUCAAGAAAAAGAGUUACAACAGACCAAAACAGACCUAGUAAAUGCUUUCUUAAAAACGAAAAGUCAGGUAGGACAUUACGCUGCAGAUGGAACAUAUGUGCCAGCUGGUGGAACUUAUAUACCACCAAACCCUCCAAGAGAAGCACCUGCACCAGGACUACCUAAAACAUUUAC